AUGUUCUCUCAAGACGACUUGUAUUCUUGCGUUUGGGUUGAACAAUUAAUUAUUAAUGUUCCACACGAAAAAGGUGAUUGGCAGACGGAGUUUCAACGUAUUAAUUUUGAAUCUAUACUAAGUACAGACGACUUAGCUCAUCCUACAAUAGAUCUAUAUAAAUUUCGACAUUUAUGCUUUCAUGGCGUUCCCGAUAAACCUGGAAUAAGACAAAAAAGUUGGAAGAUAUUAUUGGGUUAUUUACCACCAGAUAAAAGAAAAUGGACAAAAGUUCUCGCCGAACAAAGAGCAACUUAUAGUAGUUUUGUUAAAGAUUUGUUGUCAGAUCCAGGCGAAGAAUUUAAAUCGGACGAACAUGUAGAUCAUCCUUUAAAUUCUGAGCCAAAUUCCAAGUGGAACGAAUAUUUCGCAGAUAAUAUAAUAUUAGAACAAAUUGAUAAAGACGUUAGACGAACAUUACCAGACUUUUCAUUCUUUCAAUUACCCGUUUCUCGUACACCUUCAAAUAUAUCAAGUCCUAAACUUGAACCAUUUACAUCUCAAAACGAUACCAUAAACAGAAUUAAUCGAAUUAGAUCAUUAGAUAAUUUGGAUAAUAAUAGUUCCAAUGAUGAUGAUUCCAUUUAUAGUGAUUCAUCAAAUAAUACAAAUUCUGAAUUUUAUUCAGAAUUAGAAACAUCUAUAGAAUCUUCAUUUCCCGUGACUCCGGCAACUCCCUUGACCCCUAUUUCCACUCGAAGAUCAAUCUUUAAACGUGUACAACAUUUAAAUAAAGAUUUUAAAAUGAGACGAUAUUCAUCAUCAGGAUCAAGUUAUAAAUCAACAACAACACAAGAUAAUGAUGAAGAAGUUGAUUUACAUUGGGAAGCAAUUGAAAGAAUAUUAUUUAUAUAUGCCAAAUUAAAUCCCGGUGUUGGAUACGUUCAAGGAAUGAAUGAAAUUCUUGGACCGGUAUACUUCACAAUGGCUAAUGACAGUGAAGAAGAUGGAAAAGCAAAUGCCGAAGCCGAUUCGUUUUUCAUAUUUACAUUAAUGAUGUCUCAUGUAAGAGAUCAUUUUGUAAGAAGUUUGGAUAUGGACGGUACAACUGGGAUUGGACACACCAUGAAAAAAAUGAAUCGACCUUUACAUCCUACUUAUUAUUCAUUCCGCUGGUUGACUGUUAUGUUAUCUCAAGAAUUUGCACUUCCGGAUGUCAUUCGUCUUUGGGAUUCUAUAUUUUCUGAUUAUGAUGUUGAAGAAGCAAGCAGUGGAUUUGAAUUUUUAAUAGAUUUUUCAUGUGCCAUGUUAAUUUGUGUAAAAGAUAGAUUACUCGACGGUUCUUUUGCAGAUAAUGUCAAGUUAUUACAGAAUUAUCCAGAAAUUGAUCUCGCUAUUUUAUUGAUAAAAGCAUAUGAAUUACGUGAGCAUCGUUUAAUAGCUAAUUUAAAUGGUGAAGAUUUUGAUGCUGCAUCGGAUUCCGAUGAUGACGAUUAUCAAUCUAAUAAAAGUGGUAACGUAUAUUAUGAAUCUUCACCUAUUCAACAACGAGUGAACGAUGUGAAAACUAAAGGAAUGGCUAUGUUAAUGAAAGUUCAUGAAGUUAUUAAUAGUAAAAUUAAUAAUGAUAAUAAUCAUUCAAAUUAUAAUUCUGAUUAUAAUUCUGAUGAUAAUUCAGAUUAUAAUUCGGAUUAUAAUUCUGAUUUUAAUUCAGAUUCCGAGUAUAAUUAUAAUUCUGAUUUAAAGUCAAAUUAUAAUAAUUAUAAUAAUUCAACCUUAGAUUCAAAUUAUAACUCAACCAGAGAUAAUAAUUCAAAUAGAUUUUCAUUUAAUAAAAAUAGUAUUGGUGGAAAUAGAUUUGGUAGUGGUGGUGGAAUGAGUAGAUUUGCUAUGAGAUUUUCAAAUGUGUGGCGAAAAAAUAUUACAGUUUCUUCCUAG